CCCUUGGCCCACCCUCCUCCCUACCUACCUUAACGUCGACGAUGCCUGCUUCAAAGUUCCCCGUUCUUUAUCCCCCCAUGCAUUGAAAUCCGAGACGCGACAUUUUCCACACAACACUCCCACGAUAAUCUCUGUCGCCCUGCGCAACAGAGUCCAUUCGGUCGUCGCGAAGCGCCUUAAAUGUUUCUGGUCCGACCCCCAUUGAGGGAAACGAUGGACAACGCGACGGCUUCUCCCGACCCCGACUCUACGUCGCGUCGCCGCUCUGGACGCGUCGUGCGGGCACCCGAGAAAUACAGCCCCGACAUCGUGGUCACGUCUAAGCGGAAGAGGGGCGCUGAUGCCGAUGACGAUGAUCAUGAAAAUGACGAUGAAGACGCGAACGACGAGAAUGAAGCACCCCACACCGACGAUGACAUGAGCGACGCGACCGACACCUACGCAACCAGCCACAAGCGGCCCUCCGCAUCGCGUUCGAAAACCUCACAUAAGGGGCCGGCUAUAAAGAAACCUCCUGUAAAAAAGCGGGCCAUCAAGAAACCAGCCGUCAAGAAGCCGAAGACAAACGGUGUCGCGUCCAAGUCGCUGGGUCAUGGUUCCGCUCUUCCCUCCAGACCGAAAAAGAAGACGGUUGCUAUUGCCAAUUUCGGCCCGCCCGGGGAGGGCGAUCUUUAUGCCGAUGUCUUCUCAUCGAGUCAAUCCGUGGAUCGAGUCGCCGAGGAAUGGCUACAGAAAUACCACAACGACGAUGCACUUGCCGUCCGAGAUCUCGUCAACUUCGUUCUUCGUUCAUGCGGCUGCGAAUUGCAAGUUACUGAAGAUGAUAUUCGUGACCCCGACAAUUCGGAUAGCCGAUUGACUGAACUGCAAGAAAUCUAUCAAGAGGAACACAUUACCGAGUAUCCCCUCAUUUCGAGAGCCAAGGGUACCAAAUCUUUCCGUGAGCUGUUCACGGACUUCUUCCACUCCUUCGUCGCCGUGCUCCAUGAGACCGAUGUCUUGUACAAGGAUACGGCCUUAAUGGAGAACAUCAGUCGCUGGAUCGCUUCCAUGUCCACCUCGUCACUCCGGCCUUUCCGUCAUACCGCCACCACAGCUAUCUUGUCUUUGGUAACAGGACUCGUCGAGGUGGCCAAGACUCUAGACGCCCGUAUUGCCGGCAUUGAGCAGCAAAUCGCUGCCGGCCAGAGGGGCAAGAACCAAGCGAACAAGGCCAAGUUGUCCGAGAUGCAACGCAACUUGGACCAGGCAAACGCGUACCGAAAACAAUGUAGCGAGCUGAUUACCGAUUUCUUCGACACCACGUUCGUCCACAGGUACCGUGAUAUCGACUCGCGUAUCCGGACCGAAUGUGUAGAGGCUCUGGGCCACUGGAUCAUACAGCUUCCCACUGUGUUUAUGGAACCAGGCUUCCUGAGAUACUUGGGCUGGAUGCUGUCUGACGCUGUGGCUUCCACGCGACUUGAGGUGCUGAAGCAGCUUGGUCGCAUCUUCAAGCGUGAUGCUGAACAGUUGGGUCAUUUUAUCGACAGGUUCCGGCCACGCUUGAUCGAGAUUGCGACCAAGGACGCUGAGGUAUCCGUGCGAGUGACCGCCAUAUCCGUCGUGGACACUUUGCGGGCCGCCGGAAUGCUCGAUCCGGACGAGGUGGACUUGAUCAACCGCCUCAUUUUCGACAGCGAAAUCCGGGUCCGCAAGGCUGCCGCUAAUUUCUUCGAAGCUUGCGUGCAGGAACUGCUCGCUGGUAGGGUGGAGGAGCUAGGCGGCAGUGAGGUUCUCGACGAGGUGUUCGGUGGAACAGAGGAAGAUGAUUUCGAGUCCCCGAGGGAAGAGUGGAUCAGCAUCAAAUGCCUCGCCGAAAACCUCGCCGCCUACGAUGCGCAAGUGGAGCAGGAGCUUGGGAGCCCCGAGAGCCACGACCUCCCAGCCGCCGUCGAUAUUCUCCAGGCCUUGACACCCGCCACACGGGUAUCCUUGGCGGCUCAAGUGCUCUUCGACAAGAUGCCCGUGGUCAAUCGAUGGGAGUUGCUGGCCGGAUACUUGCUUUACGAUCACAGUAUCAGUGCCAAGUCAAAGUCAAAAGCCCUAAGCCCUGAUGAAACUGUCAAGAAGGCCCUUGGCCCUGAUGGUAACGAAGAGGCUAUUCUAUUGGAGGUCAUGGCGUCUGCCGUGACGGUGGCCCUGUCUCAGCCUGCCGAGAGGAAAGGGGGCCGACACGAGGCAGUAGAUGCACAAGAAGACACCGCCUUGGAGCUGGCGGCAUUGAUUCCUCGACUUCUCAACAAAUUCGGCGCCGAUCCUGCUACCGCAAAGAUUGUUCUAAGGAUGGAGCACGUGUUGAAACUUGACGUCUUCCAGCAACUUAGGCAGGACUCGGCUCGGUAUGAGAAGCUGCUUGAUGAGGUGGCCGCCCAGUUCAGCAGGCACGACGACAAGGAGGUGCUUGCGGAAGCCACCGCCGCUCUAUCCCAUGCCCGACAACACGAAGAGCUGGAGGAACUCACGGACGGAAAAUUAUCGCUACUGUGGGAGAAUACCAUCAACUCGUUGCGCAAUUUUGAUAAGACGUGCGAGCUCUCUGAACGUGGCCAACUUGCGGAAGAACACCUUACGGACCUCUCUACCAUUCUCACCAAGGUCAGCAACCUGGCGAGCGUGUCAGACUGCACUGAUGUGCUGGAAACCGAGGGACAGUCUGCCGAUUCACCGUCCUCUCCCAUCGAGAUUCUCACCGGCAUCGUCCAACGUGGCACGUUUGCUCAUAUCGAUGAUAGGAUAGACGACUUGGAAGACGAAGUGGUUUCGUUCGCCAUCAAGGCCUGCCUGUUUUAUUUCAUGUGGAAGCUCCACAACCUCGAGAAGCUGAUGCAGGCCGGCUCGGAUAUCCCCGAUUCAGCCGUGGACCAGCUGCAAAAACUGCGCCAGACGUUCCAGGAUAACCUCACCAACACGUUGUCGUCCCGCGUCAUUAUCGAUGGCAUUCGUCUGUAUGCGACGUGCAGCCUGUGCGAUCUUCACAUCAUCUUCGGAUCACUGCGCACCUGGAUUCAGAACUCGCGGCAGAGCGCCAAGUAUCAGAAGCUGGCCAGCCUGGUGGAGGAGAUCACACCCGGCCUUGUGCCGGAGUUGAUCUCCAUCUUCGACGGCGUCGAGCGCAGCUUCGCCAAGCGGACCAAGAAGACGCUCAAUGAGCCCGCCGACGAUGAAGAUCCCAUCGACGACGAAUCGUCCGAUGACGAAGACGAAGACGAAGGGCUCACGCGCGAGCAGCGCUUCGUCAAUGAACUCAGGGCCGAGCGCUCCCUCUGCGAACUCGCCGGCAAAUACGUCAUGGCCAUCUCUCGCAAGGUGCUCGACCAGUCCGGCCCUACCCGCGGGCGGUUGCGCAGACGGCUGUUGAGGAACCAGAGCAGGCUGGGCAAGAACUUCCAUGAAGUUGUCGCGUUCUUGGACGAAUCCAAAGUGGAACAGCUGUUGUACGGGAAGAAACCCAAGUCCCGGUCGGCUGCUGGCAGACAAGCGGCGGCUGCUGCUGCUGCUGCCAGUAAGAAACCAGCGCGAAGCGAGGAGAUUGUGGUAGAGGAAGAGAGCGACCAUCACGAGGACGACGAUCCUUUCAAAGAGGCCGAGCCUGAGGAAGGUUCACGCGAGGAUCUUCGGCGGCGUGAGCUUUUGGAAGACGACGAGCAGGACUCUGACGAGGAGGAGGAUCGUGAUGAUGCUAACGAAGAUGCCAGUCGGAGAGGUGGCGAGGAGUCAGGCCCAGAUAAUGACAGUGUUCUGGGCGACUAGAUGGUGUAGGUGUAGCCGAAGAAUGGUACAUUCAUUCAGCCUUGAAUUUUCGGAGCUGCUGGGGACGAGUUGCCUGUAUUCCAGAAGUAGGAUGGGGACGCUCACGGGGACGGACGGGAGCUGAAGCGUUUUGUCUUCUCGCACUAAUUUGAUUGUUGCUAGGCAGGGAUAGGCGGCAGUCAGUUUUGGGCAAAGUGGUAUGGAUUCCGGCGUUCGACGUUGACAGAUGUCACGGUUCAUGAUGUAGCUCGAUUGCUCGGUCUGAAUUUCCGAUGAAGCAAGAAAAGGGGGCAUUAUCUCUAAUGCUGAACGACUACAAACAUAACG